GAUUCGUUUCAAGAGCCGGAUCGCCUGCUUUGAUGAGUUCAUGGCAUCUUAUUCUCUCCUAUUCUUUCCCCGCCGCAAGCUUCCCAUCUCCAAUGCAACCUACUUUUACCAGAGCUGUUUGUGGAUAUGAGUGGCCAAUGGGAGCUAACUGCUCCGGGACUGACAACUUUACUGCAUGGAUUUGCUUUUAUAUCACCUUUCCACAUGGCAUCCUAGCGAAUAAGCUGCGCCGAAUUUCGCACAACCAUACAUCUAACGUUCUCGUGUGUUGUCGCUUAUUCCCCGGACAUUCUUCGCGAGCGGGGAAUCCAUGUGGAGUGCUGUGACUUUCCGGUAUAUAAGUUAAUUGCGAACCACCAGACACUCUUCAAAGAGAGAACUAAUGAUUUUUAAUUAAAAGUUGAAGAUUUCUUCAAUAAUACUUGGCAAGUAACCUGGUAAAUCAUAAAUGUGCGUUCGGUACGUAUGUGAAUGAGGUAAGUCGGGAUAUGAUAAGUGAUUGGUCGUAAGUUGCACAAUGCAGCAUAUAUUGAAAAAUACAAUAAAGUCAUUUAGAAAGUCAU